AUGGUUUGCCUCCCUCCUCCACAACUCGCUGGAACGCGUCCUUCCUAUGCAGAAGCGUAUAACAACAUUCUUACCGCACAUAGGCGGUCGCCGUUGACCUCAGCGUCUUCGGUCAUCAUGCUCGUUGCCCCUGACGUUGACGCGCUUUGUGCGUCGCGCAUUCUCGCGACUUUGUUCAAACAAGACGACGUAAUACAUCGCAUUAUACCCAUCUCCUGCGAAGCUGAAUUCAAGACUCUGAAGAAUGAUCUACUGGAGUGCGCAGAGCUUCACGCCCUGAUCCUCAUCAAUAUGGGGAGUAUCAGCGAUCUGCCUGACCCCGUAUGGUUUGGGGACUUCAGUCCCAAAGUUACCGUUCACGUUAUCGACUCGUCGCGUCCACGAAGUUUAGACAACUACUUCAUGCGGGGCGAGAAUGGAGAGAGAAUAGUGGUGUGGGACGACAUGGAUGCGGAGACACUUGUCGAAGAAAGGGAAGCAUGGGAGGUUCUGCGCUAUGAACCUGAACCAGACUCUGAAGAAGAAGAGGAAUCGGAGGAGGAUGAAGAAGAGGAGAGCAACGAUGAUGAAGGUAGUUUUGACCUUGAUCAAGGUGCGACUCACGGGAAACGAAAAGCGACGGAUGAGAAUCGCGCUUCACGGAAAAGACAAAGGCGCAACGGCGACGCAUAUCAAGUCUCACAUGAAGAGCGUGAACGUUGCUUGCGCCGCCUCGGAAAAUAUUACUCAUCCGGUUCGUGGCACGGCCAGAGCGCAGCAAGCACAAUCUACAUCUUAGCGACCAUUCUUGAACGCGUGGAUAACGAUUUUCUUUGGCUCGCCAUUUUAGGCCUUACGUUCCAGUACAUAACCUCCAGAAUUUCCCGCGAUUCUUAUGAGAAGUAUCACUCAAUCUUUCACGACGAAGUAUCCCGCCUCAAUCCUGCACCGACAGUCGACGCUGACAACCCACAAUCGGUUAUCUCUCUUAACCCUGACGAUCUCAGCAUUCGAGCGACUGAAGAAUUGCGCUUCACGUUGUUUAGACAUUGGACACUCUAUGAUGCAAUGUACCACUCAAGCUAUGUGGCAAGCAAACUCGGAAUAUGGAAAGAGCGCGGCCGCAAAAAACUUUCCGGGAUGCUAGCAAAAAUGGGAUUCUCGAUACCUCAGACUCAGCAGCCAUAUUCGCACAUGGACCUGGAUCUGAAAAAGGAUCUUAUCAAAAAACUCAAUGAUUUUGCACCGGAAUAUGAACUCUUAGAACUUUUAUACCCAUCAUUUAUUCGGUGCUAUGGCUAUCAUUCACAGCCUCUAUCAGCUGCGGAUGCUGUUGAGGGAAUCGGUGCUCUAUUGGACAUCGCAGGAGGUGUACGCAUGGAAGUAGAAAUCGAAGGCGCUCGUAACGGUGGGGAAUGGUUUGGAGCUGGGAGUCUGUGGGAGGCGAGUAAAUAUGAACAAGAGGGCGGGAGAAAAGCAGAUGUUGCAAACCGGGCUGACAGAGAGGCAGGAGAAGAGGGGACAGAGACGACAGCGAAAGGGAUACAAGUACCAUGGUGGGUGAAGAAUUUCUGGGCUGCGCAUGAUGCCCUCGCAGAUAUCACUUCUCUGCGUGAAGCACUCAACCUCUCGAUGUCAUUGCACCGUGCCAUCAUACGGCAAGGGACCUCCAUCAUAGAUAAGCAGGACAUCCGAACGAUGCGAAACCAUAGAGUGGUUGUCCUCACACAAGGCCCUGAUCUUGCUCUUUUUUCGCAUCCCAGCGUUCUAGCCCGACUGGCGCUUUGGUUGGUAGACGCUUUGCGCGAUCGGAUUGGGACCAAGCGGAGAAGUUUACCCUUUGUCGUGGCGUGCCUUGACGAGGCGAAGGGAAGUUAUACGGUUGUAGGGGUCAUGGCUGCACUUGACUUUGGGGAGGUCUGCAAAAACGAUUUCGCAAUGACAUUUCUACAUGCAAGGGAUCGCUCAAAGGCGGAAGUGAAACACACAUCUUUUGACACUAGCGUUAUAGAAGUCGAACAGAACGAGCUGACGAGUUUUCUGGAGGCACUGACUGAAGGUUAA